GACCAAAUUAAAAACCCACCAUGAUGUGAUUCCUAUCUCCUGCCUGACUGAGUUCCCCAACGUGGUCCAGAUGGCCAAGGUAGGAUGACAGAGCCCAGAGGACAUGGAAAGGGACUUCCUACAUGUGGAGUUGAAACAAAAGUUAUUGUAUAAAGUUGCAAUGGCAGGAGGAAAAGUGUUAAGUACUUUUUUAUUUUGCAGCUGGUGUUUGAAGAGGUAAACGUGGACAGAUUUUACCCGGUCCUCUACCCAAAGGUAGGCUCUGUAUUCAUCUUGACAUUUACAAUGGAGUAGCUAACUAUUUUAUUACUCGUUUAUUAUACAGUAAUAAUAUGGUCCAGCAAGGAGCAUUUAUUGCUGUAUUAAUGUUUUAUUUCUCAACUAUUUAUGUUCCCCCCUCACUGCUUUACAUUGAUGCUACACUAUUAGAAAAAAAGGUGCUAUCUAGAACCUAAAAGGGUUCUUCGGCUAUCCCCAUAGGAUAACCCCUUUGUAGAACCCUUUUUGGUACUAGGUACAACCCUUUUGGUUCCAGGUAGAACCCUUUUUGGUUCCAUGUGGAACCCUUUCCAUGGAGGGAACCCUUUUUUCUAAGAGGGUAGUCACCAUCCCCUUGACUCUGCUGAAUGUACUAUCAUUUUCCAGGCCUCAAGGCUCAUUGUCAACUUUGAUGAGCAUGUCAUCAGCAACAACUUCAAGUUUGGAGUCAUUUAUCAGAAGUUUGGCCAGGUGAGUGGUAUAUAGCCUGUGGUAGUAAAAUCAUAUAAAGUCAUAUAUAAUGUAUUUAUAACAGUUGGUGGCGUCCUGUAUUUGGUGUAUUAUUAUGACUGUGCUACUUCCUGCUCAUCAUUGCAUGCCAGCUAAUUCACUCUUAAUAGAGUAAAGGAGUUUGAGCUUCUCCCUCCCCAAACUAAGAGGAUUUGCUGUGUUUCCUCCUGUGGAACUCAGAGGAGGCCUGAUCGUUUUCCUGUUGAGUUCAGAUGUCUUACUUCCUCUUCACGGCCUUGUAUUUCUCCCUGCAGACCACUGAGGAGGAGCUAUUUGGGAACAGCGACGAGAGUCCUGCUUUUGUAGAGUUCUUGGAGUUUCUGGGGGACAAGAUUGAGCUCCAUGACUUUAAAGGGUAAGAAUGGCCUUAGAAUGGUAUUGACAUGGCAGAUGAUGGACUGGUCAUGUCACGGCCUGGCUCUAGGGACUCUUUUAUGUUGAGCCAGGGUGUGUAGUGUCUAUGUGUUGUGUUCUAUGUUCACGAUCUAGUUUAUGUAUUUCUAUGUUGGCCGGGGUGGUUCUCAAUCACAGGCAACGUGAAUCAGCUGUUGCUUGUUGUCUCUGAUUGGGAACCAUACUUAGGCAGCCUAUUGUGCAAUUGUCUUUUGUGGGAUCUUGUUCCGUGUAGGUUUGUGUAUGUUACCGAGGACUUCACGUAUCGUUUUGUUGUUUUUGUUCGUGUGGUGAAUUAUAAUAAAGUAUGUACUCAUAUCACGCUGCGCCUUGGUCCGCUCCUUUUGACGAUCGUGACAGAAGAUCCCACCAAUACUGGAACAAGCAGCGUGUCCAGGAGCACACGCAGGAGGUAACGUUAGUGGAUGUCCUCCUCGGUUGGGGGCAGAUUACAGAGGAGGAGGCCGUCCGUUACCGGAGGGCGAUGAAAGGGGAGACCCAGGCAGGAGAGGAGAAGCGGCGCCAACCGGGUCGUCGUCGGACAGGCGAGAGGCACCCCCAAUAAAAAAAAUUGGGGGGGCACAUGGCAUGGACGAUGGGGCUGCUGGAGGCAGAUAAAGGGCGAGUUUGUGGACAUGGAGAGAAGGCCACCAGGUUACAGGGGCCAUUGGUCAUUAGAGGGAAGGAAAGUGUAGAGGCACGGCGAGAGGUACUGAAGUGUGUUACCAGUCCGGUCCGGCCCGUUCCUGAUCCGUUCCUGAUCCCCGUAUAAGGCCAGUGGUGUGUGUUCCCAGUGCGGUCCGGCCUGUUCCUGUCCCUCGCACCAAGCGACACCAUUUUGUAUACAUCUGGCCCUUCAUUGGACACUGUGUUAACAAACCUCCAAACGAGCUUCAAUUCCAUACAACACUCCUUCAGUAGCCUCCAACUGCUCUUAAACACUAGUAAAACUAAAUGCAUGCUCUUCAACCGAACGCUGCUUGCACCCGCCCACCCGACUAGAAUCACUACUCUAGACGGGUCUGACCUAGAGUAUGUGGACAACUACAAAUAUCUAGGUGUCUGGUUAGACUGUAAACUCUCCUUCCAGACUCACAUUAAGAAUCUCCAAUCCAAAGUUAAAUCUAGAAUCGGUUUCCUAUUUCGCAACAAAGCCUCCUUCACUCAUGCUGCCAAACAUGCCCUCGUAAAACUGACUAUCCUACCGAUCCUUGACUUCGGCGAUGUCAUUUACAAAAUAGCCUCCAACACUCUACUCAGCAAAUUGGAUGUUGUCUAUCACAGUGCCAUCCGUUUUGUCUCCAAAGCCCCAUAUAAUACCCACCACUGUGACCUGUACGCUCUUGUUGGCUGGUCCUCACUACAUAUUCGUCGCCAAACCCACUGGCUCCAGGCCAUCUAUAAAUCACUGCUAGGCAAAUCCCCGCCUUAUCUUAGCUCAUUGGUCACCAUAGCAACACCCACCCGUAGUCUGCGCUCCAGCGGGUAUAUCUCACUGGUCAUCCCCAAAGCCAACACCUCCUUUGGCCGCAAUUCCUUCCAGUUCUCUGCUGCCAAUGACUGGAACAAAUUGCAAAAAUCUCUGAAGCUGGAGACACUUAUCUCCCUCACUAACUUUAAGCAUCAGUUGUCAGAGCACCUUACCGAUCACUGCACCUGUACACAGCCCAUCUGAAAUUAGCCCGCCCAACUACCUCAUCCCUAUAUUGUUAUUUAUUUUGCUCAUUUGUACCCCAGUAUCUCUAUUUGCACAUCAUCUCUUGCACAUCAUUCCAGUGUUAAUACUAAAUUGUAAUUAUUUUGCACUAUAGCCUAUUUUAUUGCCUUACCUCCAUAACUUGCUAAAUUUGCACACUGUAUAUUAUAUGUAUUUCUGUUGUAUUUUUGACUUUGUUUUGUUUUACCCCAUAUGUAACUCUGUGUUGUUGUUUUUAUCGCACUGCUUUGCUUUAUCUUGGCCAGGUCGCAGUUGUAAAUGAGAACUUGUUCUCAACUGGUUUACCUGGUUAAAUAAAGGUGAAAUUAAAAAAUUUAAAAAAAGCCUGUGAUGCACGUCGCCAGCCCGGCCCGGCCUGUUCCUGCCCCUCGCACCAAACCAAUGGUGCGCGUCGCCAGCCCGGCCCGGCCUGUUCCUGCCCCUCGCACCAAGCCAAUGGUGCGCGUCGCCAGCCCGGCCCGGCCUGUUCCUGCCCCUCGCACCAAGCCAAUGGUGCGCGUCGCCAACCCGGCCCGGCCUGUUCCUGCCCCUCGCACCAAGCCAAUGGUGCGCGUCGCCAGCUCGGCCCGGCCUGGCCUGUUCCUGCCCCUCGCACCAAGCCAGUGGUGCGCGUCGCCAGCCCGGUCCGGCCUGUUCCUGCUCCCCGCACCAAGCCUGUGGUGCGCGUCGUCAGCCCGGUCCGGCCCGUUCCUGCUCCCCGCACCAAGCCAGUGGUGCGCGUCGUCAGCCCGGUCCGGCCCGUUCCUGCUCCCCGCACCAAGCCUGUGGUGCGCAUCGUUAGCCCGGUCCGGCCCAUUCCUGCUCCCCGCACCAAGCUAGUGGUGCGCGUCGUCAGCCCGGUCCGGCCCAUUCCUGCCCCCCGCACCAAGCCUGUGGUGCGCGUCGUCAGUCCGGCACAGCCCGUGCCUGGUCAGGUACCGGUCAGCUGCUCCACACCGGAGCCUAAGCAAUCCGCUCCACCGAUGUCCAGUCCAGCUCCAGCCAGUGGGACCAGACCAGGGUCGCUACAGGGGGGUUGUUAGAGGGUGGUGGUCACGCCUGGAGCCGGAUCCGCCUCCGAGGAGGAAUGCCCACCCGGCCCCUCCCCUGUUGGGUUUAUGUUGGCGCGGUCGCAGUCCGCGCCUUUGGGGGGGGGGGGGGGGGUACUGUCACGCCCUGGCUCUAGGGACUCUUUUAUGUUGAGCCAGGGUGUGUAGUGUCUAUGUGUUGUGUUCUAUGUUCACGAUCUAGUUUAUGUGUUUCUAUGUUGGCCGGGGUGGUUCUCAAUCAGAGGCAACGUGAAUCAGCUGUUGCUUGUUGUCUCUGAUUGGGAACCAUACUUAGGCAGCCUAUUGUGCAAUUGUCUUUUGUGGGAUCUUGUUCCGUGUAGGUUUGUGUAUGUUACCGAGGACUUCACGUAUCGUUUUGUUGUUUUUGUUCGUGUGGUGAAUUAUAAUAAAGUAUGUACUCAUAUCACGCUGCGCCUUGGUCCGCUCCUUUUGACGAUCGUGACAGGUCAUGUCUCUUAUCGAUUACAAUUGACUUUGACGUGACUCCCUGGAUGAUGACACUGCAGUCGUUCAGCCCUGGAGAUAAUAAAAUAUAUGUUUAUUACCGUAGUUCUUCUCUUAUUCUCUCAAUUUAGAGCAAUAUAAUAUUCUUAGUGGUACUGACAUUACGAUUGAGUGGAAGGGAAUAACUGCCUUUCACAUUCACUGCAUGAUUGAUGAGACAGGGUGGUGUGGAUGGGCUGUCUGGUUGCACUGAGACUGAGACGACCUGUGCUGCCGCUGUAACGGUCUGGUUCACACUCUGUCUCUGCAGGUUCAGAGGAGGACUGGACAUCACCCAUGGCCAGACAGGAACAGAGUCGGUCUACACUAACUUUCACAACAAGGAGAUCAUGUUCCACGUGUCCACCAAGCUGCCAUACACAGAGGGAGACUCCCAGCAGGUAACUGUCUCAGUCAACUCACAGGCCCUAUCCUGUCUGUCAUAAUGUUUAUCAGUAGCUGUAGAUUGGCUGUAUAUUCUAUUGUCACGAACCGGCUCAAGUUCGUAACAAAAGGGAGACACGUGGAGACAAGGAAUACUUAAAGUAUAUAUUUAUUAACUAAAGUAAACUAACUGAAAUAACAAUGGGGUGUGUAAUCAGUAAUCAGUAGUGUAAGUGAGUGUUUGCUUGCAUAAAUGUAAUAUGGAAAAGUGUUGAGAAGUGCCAAAGCAAACAACCAAAAAAGCCACAAAAAUACCACAACCAAAGUCAAAGUAUCUGCCUGGAGAGAGUCCCCCUUCAUGAAUGUGGAAGAGGUCCAUUUAUGCUGGGACACACCCGGCCCAGGUGUUUCCCAUGUAGCUGACGACCCUCCCAACUCCGCCCACCGGCAUCCUAAUAAGGAAACAAGAGCAAAGAGAGAAUACGGCAGACAGAGUGGGAGGGUCGUCACACCCCCCCCCCCCCCCCCCCCCAUAAGACCGGGGACCAACAAGGACCCCGGACCAACGUACCAGCCCCUGCGUCCCAAACCGACAAAUUGUACAUGUUCACACCUCCACUUGCCCCACCCAUCAUCCUCCUCUCCAGACCUCAGCAACCUUUACACAGGAAGCAACCUUUAAGAGGAAAGAAGAACCCAAGACUAGGAAGGGACAAACAGGAAAGAUAGAACAUGACAAAAUCAAACAAUGGUCGGUCACAUCAAUACUGUCAAGGGAGCGACCACAGUAGAGAAGUUCCUACAAAAACCACGAUAAUACCCAAUCAUUCCCAAGAAACGCAUCAGUUCCUUUUUAGUAGUUGGUAGUGGAAAAGCAUCAAUAGCUACCACUUUAGCCCGAACAGGACGCACUUCAUCCUGCCCAACCACCUUUCCAAGGUAUGUAACAGUCGCCUGAGCAAACUCACAUUCAAUCUACCCUGCAGUAUGCAAUCGUCAGGACCAGAAACAUCUUCCUGCUCCUGCACAGACCUAGCAUGACCAGAACUCAGGGAAUAAACAGUAUCAGCCAAAAGAACAGCCUUACCGUCCUCUGUAGACUCCCCCUGUUCAGUCUCAGAGGAACGUGCAUAAUAGGGUUUUAACAAAUUUACAUGGCACAGUUGGUUUGCUUUCCUCCGUUCUGGAGUGGCAACUAGAUAAUUUUGCUCAGUGUACUGGCGCCCCACUGUAUAUGGACCUUGAAACUUGGCUUGAAAAGGAGAACCAACAAUUGGCAGCAGAGCCAGAACCUGAUCACCUGGACUAAAGUGACGAGGCUCAGCUCGGCGAUCAUAUAUGCUCUUCAUCCUGUCCUGUGAAGAUGAUAGCUUCUCUUUAGCCAUUUCACCAGCGGCAUACAAGCGUCGCCGAAAAUCACCCACAUAUGAUAACAGGGACUGAGGAGGCUCGGGAGACUUCCAGUCAUCCUGGAGAACAGAUAAAAGCCCACGCACCCGAUGUCCAAACACUAGGUCAUUUGGGCUAAAACCCGUGCUCUCCUGUGAAACCUCCCUAGCUGCUAACAAUAACCAAAGCAACCCCUCCUCCCAAUCCUUUUCCAUCUCAGUACAAUAAGCUCUCAACAACGACUUAAGUGUUUGAUGGAAACGUUCCAGUGCUCCUUGACUUUGGGCAUGAUAGGCGCUAGACAAGUUGUGUUUAAUAUGGAGUUGUUGGAGAACCUGACCAAAGAGAUUAGAGGUGAAAUUAGAUCCUUGAUCACUUUGAAUGACCUUAGGAAUUCCAAACAGUGAGAGAAACUGAGUCAAAGCUUUUAACACAGCCUUAGUCGUGAUAGACCGGAGAGGAUAGGCAGCAGGAAACCUAGUGGUCUGACACAUCACAGUCAACAAAUAAUUACUACCCUUCCUAGAACGAGGCAGAGGACCAACACAAUCAAUAAUCAAAUACUCAAAAGGUUUACUGAGUACAGGAAUAGGGAACAGUGGUACCGGCUUAAUAGCUUGAUUAGGUUUACCAGUUAAUUGACAGGUGUGACAAGUUUUGAUGAAAUCAGAAACAUCCCUCUUUAAUCUUGGCCAAAAGAAAUGUCGUAAUAUACGAUUGUAGGUUUUUCUCACACCCAUAUGCCCAGCAACGUCAUUGUGAGAAGUUGUUAGCACCAACUCACGAAGCUUAACUGGUACCACCACCUGACUAAUCGCCUCCCCCAGAAAACAACUACCAUGAGACAUCCACUUUCUCAUCAGGACCUCUUCUUGGAGAAAAUAGCCCUGUGCGACAUCUCCCAACUGUUCCACAGGCACAAUUUGGUCCCGCAACUCUUCUAAUGUAGGGUCAGUCCGUUGCGCCUCGAUUAAAUCGGAGCGGGAUAUAGAUAACGGGAUAACAGGGAAAACAGUAACAGACUUCUUUGUAGUAUUCUCGUUAGCCAGCUCCGUGACCAGGUCGUCAUGGAUCAUAGAACGCGUCACUGCACACGCAGAAAACACCUCUGGGAAAUUCUGCGCACUCUCAUCAGGAAUCCCUACAAUUGACGGCUUAGUGGAAACCACUAAAGAUGGAAACGCGAUAGGCCACACACGCUCCCCAGCCAAGUUAUUUCCAAGGAUCACGUCAAUACCCUCAAUAGGCAAUGAAGGACGCACCCCCACAACAACCUCACCUUUCACCAGUCCACAAUCCAACAUCAGUUUAUGCAAUGGAACUGACAUAGUGUUCAAACCUAUUCCCCUAAUUAGAACACUAUUCCCCGAAUCAGUCUCCGCAGAGAAGGGUAACACAGAUUCCAACACAAAUGAUUCAGAGACACCUGUGUCUCUUAGGAUCUUUACUGGCACUAGGUUCUUACUUCCUACCAUAGACACAAAACCCUCCGUAACGAAAGGUAAAUAGUCGGGAUCAAUAUAACCCUUCACCUGGCUCUGGGCAUGAGACAAUGCGUCAGGAGUGAAUUGAUGUGGAACAGGCGCUGCUAACGCUGCAGGCCUCGAUUUACCAUAAGCACCUGUACUGAAUUUACCCCUAGACCUAAGAAUCGGACAUUCAUUUUUCCAAUGACCUAAUUCUUGACAGUAGUGACACUCUUGACCAACGUCAGUUUUACCACGGGUAUCAGGCUCAACCCUAGUUGAAUGAAACUCUGCCCGGGAACCGAAGUAUCUCGGCGAGCGAGGCCCAAAUCUCUGCGAACGCCCCCACUCACUCCGAAUCCGGGGUUCUGCAAAAACAUUUUUGUGAGUCAACACAUAUUCAUCUGCCAAAACCGCAGCUUCAGCGACAGUCUUUAUUUUUCGUUCGUUAAUGUACGUCGCUAUACGAUCAGGGAUUGUGUCCUUAAAUUGUUCUAACAUAAUCAAAUCACACAGCCCUUGGAAAGUCAUAACUGCAGAGGCAGAACACCAGCGAUUGAACUGUGAAGAUAAUAUUCGCGCAAACUCAACAUGAGUCUGCUGAUCAUCCCUUUUUAAAGUUCUAAAUCGUUGGCGGUAAGCCUCAGGGACCAAUUCAUAACUCUGUAACACAGCCGUUUUAACCUUCUCAUAACUAACACUGUCUGCUACACUAAGAGCUGAAUAUGCUUCUUGCGCUUUACCAGUCAGCACACACUGCAACAUCAAAGUGCGAUCAGAAUCAGGCCAACUCCUAGCGUCAGCAACACGCUCAAACAACGAAAAGAAUGUCUCCGGGUCCUUUUCAUUAAACUGGGGCAACAACCGUAAAUUCCCAACAAUAUCAAAUGUGUCUGGAUUACGACCAAAAGAGGAACGACCCCUAGGUAACUCUGGGUCACCUUCCCAGAGCAAACUCUCCCGUGAGAGCUUUCCUUCCCUAACCAACUCUAGUCGCUCUUGUUGCAGCUUGAUUUUAGCACGCUCCAUAUCCUGUUUAAAUUCCAAUUCCCUUUCAUAUUUUACACGAUCAUGCUCCAUUUUAGCUCUUUGUCCAUUUUGUUCAUGCUCUAGCUGUAACAGAAGCAGUUCUUUCAGCUGUUCAAAAAGAAGACUACUAUGACUAACCGAUGGAGCAGUCAUUGUAACAUAUCGGGGAGACAAUGUGUCCUCAGCAGAGGCUGCCCCAGUGGUAACAUCCAGAAUACCACUCUCCAUCAAAUUGGCCUUCAAUAUUAACCUAAUAGAAUUUUUUAGGCGUUUAUCACUAAUUUCAACCUUGUAGUGUUCAGCAACUUUCAACAGCUGUUCUUUAGUACAUAAUUCCAACAGUUCUUCUGAUGGAAAGCGAAUGAACUCGUCUACAUUAGACGCCAUAAUCAGGAAAAAAAAAAAUAUAUAUAUAUAUAUAUCAUAAUAAUCUUGCUCAACCCCUCUGCUGAGCACACCAGACACAAGAGAAAUGACAAUCACACCGAGCACCACAGAAGAGAGCUGGGAUAUGGAGCUUCCCCAUAACCUACAAUAACUCAACCCUAGUCUUCGUGUGGAUUCGCGGUGGGUAAUUACGCACUGUAGCCCGCUGGCAAGGAAUUAAACCCCCCAGCACGCUGGUAGAUUCCACCAAGCCACGGAUGUGCCCCCGAGACAACUGCUCAGUCCACAGACACCACACAAAAAUAACAAACAUUUAACCAUGCCCAACGUAUCCCAAAACAGAACACGUCACUAAGCCUAUCAGGGGAAAAAGCUAUAACUCCGGGUAGAAAAUGUCACUACCCUACCCAAUCUCCCACUGAGGUACACAGCCGAUUGUACUCACCUCCUCAGACCGAUGCCCCAACAGCGAGUAGAGCAAGAGUUUCCAGGCUGGGCAGGGACUGGAAACUAACCAAUGUACUCUCUCCAACGCAGUACACAACCCAAAGGAAACCAAUACUGGGCCUAUCAAACUCAAACAAACUAACAAAAUUUACUACAAAAACCUACAGAAUUGGACAUUAACUCCACGUUCUCCCAAACACAACCAGUUCAAGAUCCCAGACGAGCCCCCACUUGUCACGAACCGGCUCAAGUUCGUAACAAAAGGGAGACACGUGGAGACAAGGAAUACUUAAAGUAUAUAUUUAUUAACUAAAGUAAACUAACUGAAAUAACAAUGGGGUGUGUAAUCAGUAGUGUAAGUGAGUGUUUGCUUGCAUAAAUGUAAUAUGGAAAAGUGUUGAGAAGUGCCAAAGCAAACAACCAAAAAAGCCACAAAAAUACCACAACCAAAGUCAAAGUAUCUGCCUGGAGAGAGUCCCCCUUCAUGAAUGUGGAAGAGGUCCAUUUAUGCUGGGACACACCCGGCCCAGGUGUUUCCCAUGUAGCUGACGACCCUCCCAACUCCGCCCACCGGCAUCCUAAUAAGGAAACAAGAGCAAAGAGAGAAUACGGCAGACAGAGUGGGAGGGUCGUCACACUAUCUACUUAAUUUCUAUUGAGAAACAUCAAUAUUUUUUUGCCUGAGGGACUAGCCAACAUGGACAACACUAUUAUGCUUUUCACUGUUAUUCUUUUCUCCUGUUGGUGUCCUCAGUGACCCUGUCUGCUCUGACCUGAAGGGGCUAUUUUUCAUGACAAGUUGUAACUUCCAUGAAGAUGGAUGUGGAGUAGCUAGGCAUGAGCAACAUGUAGUUUCUCAUUUGAUGACAGUCUGGUGGCUUAAUGCUUUCUCCUGCUGUUUUGAGUGACUUUAGCUACCUCACCUGCCCCCCUGGGAGAAUCAUCCCAUGGAGAGUCCUUAUUCUCAGCAGACGAAUGAGCAGCAGAGCUGAGCCAUGUGGACACACAGAAGAUAGCCUUGUAGGCAAAGGGGGGCAGUUUGACACCAAAGAGAUGAACAGACACAAUGUGUUGAGAGGAAGAGGAAGGAAAACAACUAGCAGUCCAAAGCGGAGGUUGACUUGGCGUUGAGCCUGUGUUGAGAUCAUUAUUGAGUGUCUGUGUUUCACCAUGGUUAUACAUGACAGCUCUCACUCCCUCGCUGUCCAUCUGCCCUCAUGCAUAGUGGCUGUUCUGGUGCCAUCUGGCCCCUACUGGCCCUUGUGUGUGUGUGUGUGUGUGAGAUUAUUUAAUAGAUAUAUAGCCUCUAUGAUAAUAACAACGUCUUCCUUAUUUCUUUAGAGCUCGAAACAGAUGGUUGAUUGUUCUCAUGUGUAAAACACAGUGCCAAAACACAGGACUAUAAAGCAAUUCAGCAGCUAAAGCCCUAAAAAUAAAUAUGUGCCUUAAUGUUUUAUGCAUACAAUCAAAAUGCUCUGUGAUAUUUUAUGGCAGUGCUUUGCUCUGCAGUGAAUGUCAUUAAUCAACAGGUGUCAUGAAUAACUCCCCCAUGUUCACAAUGGUGUGCAGAAUAACAUGUCAAACUGGUGACUGAUCAGUGAGUCAACACAUGUUAGAGAGCAGGUGCUAAGCUGUAGAGGCCUAUAAUCACAGUGCAGGGAAAUAUGAUCUCCCAGUGACCAAAAUGAGGUUGAAAAGAGACCCAAGUCAUAGACUGUUCUCUCUGCUACCGCACGGCAAGCGGUACCGGAGCGCCAUGUCUAGUUCCAAAAGGCUCCUUAACAGCUUCUACCGCCAAGUCAUAAGACUGCUGAACAAUUAAUCAAAUGGCUACCCGGACUACUCGCUGUUUAUUAUCUAUGCAUAAUCACUUUACCCCUACCUACAUGUACAAAUUACCUCGACUAACCCGUACCCCUGCACAUGGACUCGGUACCGGUACCCCCUGUAGGCCCCGUGUAGCUCAGUUGGUAGAGCAUGGUGCUUGCAACGCCAGGGUUGUGGGUUCGAUUCCCACGGGGGGCCAGUAUGAAAAUUUAUACUCUCACUAACUGUAAGUCGCUCUGGAUAAGAGUGUCUGUUAAAUGACUAAAAUGUAAAUGUAUAUAGCGUCGUUAUUUUAUUGUGUUACUUUUUAUUUAAUUUUUUACUUUAUUUUAUUUAGUAAAUAUUUUCUUAACUCUAUUUCUUGAACUGCAUUGUUGGUUAAGGGCUUGUAAGUAAGCAUUUCAUGGUAAGGUCUACACCUGUUGUAUUCGGCGCAUGUGACAAAUAAAAUGUGAUUUUAUUUUCCAGACGUUGAAAUUAGGUAAAUUUUUGGUUCUGAAUUAAAGUUGAAAAUACAUAUUUUCCGAAUGUUGAAAAUACGUAUUUUCCAGAAGUUGAAAAGACGUAAUUUACAGACUUUGAAAAUAUGUAUUUUACGGAUGUUGAAAAUACUUUUUUAUUUUUUAUUGAUUGGACAUGAUUUGGAAAGGCACACACCUGCCUAUAUAAGGUCCCACAGUUGAUAGUGCAUGUCAGAGCAAAAACCAAGCCAUGAGGUCGAAGGAAUUGUCAGUAAAGCUCUGAGACAGGAUUGAGUCGAGGCACAGAUCUGGAAAGUGUACCCAAAAAGUUCUGUAGCAUUGAAGGUCCCCAAGAACACAGUGGCCUCCAUCAUUCUUAAAUGGAAGAAGUUUGGAACCACCAAGACUCUUCAUAGAGCUGGCCGCCUGGCCAAACUGAGGAAUCAGGGGGAGAAGGGCUUUGGUCAGGGAGGUGACCAAGAACCCGAUGGUCACUCUGACAGAGCUCUAGAGUUCCUCUUUGGAGAUGGGAGACCUUCCUUAAGGACAACCAUCUCUGCAGCACUCCACCAAUCAGGCCUUUAUGGUAGAGUGGCCAGACAGAAGCCACUCCUCAGUAAAAGGCACAUGACAGCCCGCUUGGAGUUUGCCAAAACCCAAAGACUAAAGACUCUCAAACCAUGAGAAACAAGAUUCUCUGGUCUGAUGAAACCAAGAUUGAACUCUUUGGCCUGAAUACCAAGCGUCACGUCUGGAGGAAACCUGGCACCAUCCCUACAGUGAAGCAUGGUGGUGGCAGCAUCAUACUUUGGGGGUGUUUUUCAGUGGCAGGGACUGGGAGACUAGUCAGGAUCGAGGCAAAGAUGAACGGAGCAAAGUACAGAGAGAUCCUUGAUGAAAACCUGCUCCAGAGCGCUCAGGACCUCAGACUGGGGUGAAGAUUCACCUUCCAACAGGACAACGACCCUAAGCACACAGCAAAGACAACGCAGGAGUGGCUUUGGGAAAAGUCUCUGAAUGUCCUUGAGUGGCCCAGCCAGAGCCUGGACUUGAACCCAAUUGAACAUCUCUGGAGAGACCUGAAAAUAGCUUUGCAGCAACGCUCCCCAUCCAACCUGACAGAGCUUGAGAGGAUCUGCAGAGAAGAAUGGGAGAAACUCCCCAAAUGCAGGUGUGCUAAGCUGGUAGCGUCAUACCCAAGAAGACUCGAGGCUGUAAUUGCUGCCAAAGGUGCUUUAACAAAGAACUGAGUAAAGGGUCUGAAUAUUUAUGUAAAUGUUAUAUUUCUGUUUUUUAUUUUUUUAUUUGGUCAUUAUGGGGUAUUGUGUGUAUUGAUGAGAAAAAAAUAACAAUUUAAUCAAUUUUAGAACAAGGCUGUAACCUAACAAACUGGAAGAAGUAAAGGGGUCUGAAUACUUUCUGAAUGCACUGUAUAUACUCUACUCUUCUUUACUGUACUCUACUGUACUGAACUAUACUCUACUUUGCUGUAUUGUAUUGCACUGAACUGUUCUGUACUGUACUGCGCUGUACUGACUGUCCAAACUUCUGAAACCUAGACAGCUAUGAUUUGUUCAGAUUUGGUCCGAUUCAGAUUUGAAGGGACGUCUGUGGACAUUGCAAUCAAGGCCAGUCCGGAUCGGACCAAAAAUCGACAUCUGUGGACAUUGAAAUCAAGGUCUUUUCAAAGUCCAUGGACGCCAGACGGUGCUCACUGGGCUGGCCCCCGUCUCCAUUCACUGAGUGGGCUAUAGGCUGCCCUAUGCCUUUCAAUAUGCAUCACUUGAACGCAACUGUUACUUGAAAACUGCUUUUAGAGAGAUGUUUCAUACUUACAAUUAAUUAGUAAGCACAAAUUGUUUCUGUACUAUGCAUUUAGUAGAGUUUUUACCUGUUUAAUUCAUCUAGGUGUUCUUGGCUGACCUUAAUGCAGUGGUAAAAUGUAUGUCCAUAAUGGUGACACUGUUGUUUGUGCUGUUGUGUUUGCAGCUGCAGAGGAAAAGGCACAUAGGCAACGACAUCGUGGCCAUCUUGUUUCAGGAGGAAAACACGCCCUUUGUACCAGACAUGAUAGCAUCCAACUUCCUGCAUGCCUAUGUUGUGGUUCAGGUGGAGAAUGCCUGCUCAGACAACGUCACGUACAAGGUACUGUAAGCCCAGGCAUACUCUUCACAGUCUAUAACCCUGCGCAAUCCUGCUAUUUCAAUACAUAGAGAGUCGGCCCAAGGCAACCUGCAUGUUCCUUACUAGAAAUCAAUCAGUAACUGACUGCCCAUUAUCUGCCUCAUAAAGGUUUUUAGGGGCUAGCCAGUGUUAUGUGAUUUAGUGGUGGCAUUUGGAUACACUUCACCUCUUUUUUACCACUCCAGGUGUCUGUUACAGCGAGAGACGAUGUGCCUUUCUUUGGACCUGCUCUACCGGACCCGGCCAUUUUUAAAAAGGUGAGAAGUCAUGAAUCUAAGUAAUGCAUAAACUAGGUGAGCCCAUGAGAGGGACAACAUAUUAAUUUAGCCCUUCCUCCUCCCUCCCCUUCCUCUCUAGGGACAUGAAUUCCAUGAGUUCCUAUUCACUAAGCUGAUCAAUGCGGAGUACGCCUGUUACAAGGCUGAGAAGUUUGCCAAGCUGGAGGUGAGAGCAGGAGCGUGCCACAGCAUGCUGUGAAGUGUGGGGGCGGAGUCACGCUGCUCUCGCUGCACCACUUUACUAUACCAUCUGUCUGAGUGUUUGUGGAUGUGUUGAUUAAUGACAGGAUCAUGUCGGUUUACAGACUCAUUACGAGUGUGUGUUUACACGUAUGUGUGUGUGUGUGUGUUUGUGUGUUGAACUCUAUUGUACACUGAAUGCAUGCAGGAGUCCCUGCACAAGUGUUUACAUGCGAUUGAUUUCUAUAGUUCUGACCGACGUAGUGUGUGUUGUUGUCAGGAGCGCACACGGUCGGCCCUGCUGGAGACCCUGUAUGAGGAGCUACACAUCAACAGCCAGUCCAUGAUGGGCCUGGGAGGGGACGAGGACAAACUGGAGAAUGGGGGUGGAGGGGGAGGAGGCUUCUUUGAGUCCUUUAAGGUAACCCUCCACUAUACGAGGUGCAAGCUUAAUCGGGCACUUGACAUGCAUGAGAGAGGUUGAAUAUUAUUUCCUGGAAGGGAUUCUGGGUAUUCAAACAUGAAAAAUAAUGCACAGAAAAGGAAGUGCCAGUGCCAGUGCCAGUGUCAGUGCUCUCUGGUAGUGCCCUGGUGCUGUUGAAGAUUCCAUAAUUAGCUGUUACCAUAUCACAUCCCACUUUUAGAGUGUCAUGUAACCAGGCGACGAUCAGGGAGUUGGGAGCAUCCCUGUCGAUGUGCAUCCUGCACUCUGACUCUAUGUCCUUCAUCAAUGACCAUUAGGUUGGCUGAGAGUGGAGCGUGGGCAGGACAGUGUGCCAUGGCAGUGGAGGAGCUGUGAUUAUGUGUCUCUGAUGAACGCUGUAAUGGACUCUCAUUAGCGAGCUGAUGAUGCUGCUCGCAUGGCAAACCAUGUGCCACUAUGCUCUUUUCCUCUCUGGCUCUGUUUUGUCUCUCUCUCUCUCUCUCUCUCUCUCUCUCUCUCUCUCUUUUCUCUAUCUCUCUCUCUCUCUCUUUUCUCUAUCUCUCUCUCUCUCUUUUCUCUAUCUAUUUUAUCUGUCUCAGUCUCUAUCCAGCCCUGCACUUCAUUCAUGGAUGAGUCUACUGAGCACCUGCAAGACAUUGAAGGAUUAUAUCACUCUCCUCUGAACACCCACUCUCAGACCUCAGACUUCAUUUACACCUUCCUAUCAGUGUGAGGCACUGGAACAGUCUACUCUGUUAUACUAAUAGACAUCUUCUCUCAUUUGGCCUCUUUCCCGCUCACUUAUCUACACUGCCCCCAAGUGUUCAAAUACGGUCCUGCAUGAUCUCCAUCACUGGUUAUCAUUAGAAUCAGGGUUAGUGUGGUUAAGGCAAGGGUUAGGGUCCAUACACACUCACAGACCGUGUCUCCUCGUCUCUCUCUGUACUCUGUAGCGGGUGAUCCGCAGCAGAAGCCAGUCUAUGGAUGCCAUGGGCCUCAGUAACAAGAAGCCACACACUGUCUCCACUAGUCUCAGCGGCAACUUUACCGAGACCCCCAAAACCCCAGGGAUAGUAAGUAACCCUUUUGGUUUGACCAGAGGCCCACUACUGACUCCCCUGUAGUAGACACUGACCCUCCCCUAACAACACUCAAUACAUUCUACUGCAUACCCUAUCCUCUCAGCCCUGUGGAAUUGGCCUACACUGUCUGUAGCUAACACCAUACUCCUCCCUUCCUUGUCUAUCCUACCUGUGCUCAAACCCCUUUAUUUAACACACUGUUUCGUAUAUGUGGUCCCAUACCUUAACCCUCAUAUCAGUCACCUCCAUAGUUUGCCAUUUUCCAUGACUUUUUUCAUGGCAUUUUUAAAUGAACCACUGUUCAUUUCACAGUAAUGAUUGUCAUUUUCAUAUCAUGAUAAUGUUAUAGAAAGCCAUGCUAAAUCUUAAACCAUAUACAUUUUCAUAUUGUUAAACCCAGAGAUCUGUUGAGGCAUAAAAGUAGGCACUGGUGUGCCUUUUGGAAAGUUUUUCUUAUGUGAAUGAUCCCAAAGACCCUAUAACCCUUUCUGCCCUUUUACAGACUUAGUGGGCUUUUGACUCAGACUCUCAUAACAUUGUGAAUCCGGAUUUGCUUUCUCUGACAACCUGAAAGCCAGUUGAGAAGAGAUGAGUUGAGCUGUCUGACUACCCAGAGUUCCUCCCUUGUUACCUUGCUGGCAUGAGUGUUGCAUGUGCUGCUGUAGCCUCUUUAUGCAGCCUAGCAUUGUCGCUGCAUGAAGCCUGUCUAGCAUGGAGCUGUGCCUGGCGGCCAGUAGUGAAGAUGAGAAGUUAGUACACAGUCUCCUUUAUGAAUGCACCUAUUUCCACUUUGUGACACACUGUUGCAGGUUGCAGAAUACUCUGACUGGCAAUCCAAAGAAACAGCUGCUGUUUUGCAAUUAGUUCGCCAAAGUAAAUCUGCCCUUUCACAUACUAACUAUUUGGAUUGUGACAGACCCUCCUCUAUCUCUCGCUAUCUGUCAUAUAUUAUUUUAAACAGGCCUACAUCUAUAGCCUGGUGGUCCAGGCUAUAUACAGUCUGUUUGUGCUUUGGCACUUCCUCUCUGUGUUAAUUCAUUGUCAUGCAAGAUAUUACAUGUAUGGCAUGACAAUGAUAGAAGAAUGGGACCAAGCUACCUGGGCUAUGCUGCCCAUAUACUGGAGCUGGACGAUAUGGCCAAAAAGCCAUAAUCACGAUAAAUGGACUAAAUUAUCACGAUAACGAUAAAUUGAAUGAUACGUUUAUAACAUCACAAUGUUUCCCUUACAACUAGUACUUUGAAUGUUGUAGCUAUCAAUUGUUCCAUUAACAAUCGCCCAUAUUAGCAAACUAAUUUCAUUUUAAACGUCACAUUUCUCUAGUAAAGGCUACUUAUCGUAGUGAAUGAUAUCUGCAAAAUGUCCACGAUAAGUGGUCGGUAUGGUCGGUGUCAAUACUUUUCGGUUUAUCGUCCCAGCUCUACCAUAUACAGUACGUAAUGCCACUCUGUGGUCUCGGACUCUAGACGAGCUUUCAAUAUGAAUGACCUUUCAAUGUGUGCUCAAUAUGUCGCCUGUCUUCUGUGUCUUAUGGUGUACUGUGAGCUCAUGUUCUAAUUUGCAACUUGCUGGUCCAAUGCUACCUGCUGCAUGAAAUCUCAUGGUGUCUUCUUUUCUCUGCUACUCUCAAUCUCUUUAUAUUUAUAUAUUUAUCCCUCUUUCUCUUUCUCUGCUUUCUACUGCCUUAUGUGAUUCAGUCAUUACUUGUCCCAGGGAAAGGUCCCAGUAGGUAUCAUGGACGUCGCGGCAGUGCCAUAGGGAUAGGAACAAUAGAAGAGGUUCAUGUAUAAUUCUCCCUUCUAAUUUGCUGUUUCUCUGCUGUUUUCUUUGCUUAUUUGUCUGGUUAUCUGUCUCUUUGCAUAACUCAUACGGUUGCUUUCUGCCUAAACCAAUAUUUUUAUAUCCAUUUAUGAAGCAAUAAUUUUCUACAUCUCAAGUGUGGGGUAAAACCAUUGGGUUGUAAUAAAGCUAUAAUUUAGGUAAUAAAUAGUUUAUGAAGGGUAUCCAUUGCAAAAAUGGAAAGGUUUGUGAGAAUACUUACUGGUUUAUUACCUUACUCCGUGUAUCAAUUCCUCUCUUUCACUCAUGAUGAAGUGAUGGAGUAUCUCAAAUUGUCUUUCACCAACAAGCCACUGUCACUUCAUUUUAGUCCCCCAUAACGUUUAUCAUGUGUUGUAGAUAGCAAGUAUCAUAUACUGAAGGCAUUUGAGUCAUUGUGCAGACUCUCAAUGACAUUCACCAAAUGCCAUUCACCCAUAUUUGAAUGGAAUUCACAUUUUCACUGACUGUAAAACAGACCAAGUAAUAUCUUAGACAGUGUAUUAUAGCCUCCAUCUUUUACAAUACGUCAUGCUAGAGGAAUAUAGUACUGUGGCUGACUAACCUAUCCACUCCUCCCCAGUCUCUGAUCAUUCCUGGGAAGAGCCCCACCAGGAAGAAGUCUGGGGCUUUCGGCACUCGACGGAGCAGCGCCAUUGGGAUCGAGAACAUCCAGGAGGUGCAGGAGAGGAGGUGAGAGGAAGGCUUGGGCUACCUGGAGAUGAAAGAGGAAAAUUGGGAGUGUCAGAGAAAAAGGAUAGAAAGAGAUGGAGAAAUUAAACAUUUCAGAAGUGAGGGCAAAUACCAAAAUUUACUAUAAAUGGCUGUCAGCUGUCACAUGGUAUUUUACAGAAGUGUCGCAGUUGUGUUAGGAUUAGUGGCUAACGUUAGAAAGGAGGUUAGGUUAGAGUUAGGGAGAGGUUCAUGUUAUGGUAGGGUUAGCUAACAUGCUAAGUAGUUGCAAAAUGCUAUGGUUGUGUUUAGCUAAAUUUGAUAAUUAGCUAAGAUGCUAAAGUUGUCCAUGCCGUGAUUCAAACACACAGCCUUGGGUUGCAAAACAUUCGUAUUAUACGCCUACCCAUCCUCCCCAACAACCUCCUUACUUUCGUUUCAGUCUAAAGUACCUCCCACAAUGUAUGACAUCAGAUUGCCUAGUGUUUUUUUUGCCAAUGGUACGACAGUUACAAACUAGUGGUUUUGGCCCGCACCUUGGGAUGGUUUUAUACUUCAAGAGAUGGGAGACAACGGGGUAAAGAGAGAGAUGAGGCAUUCAAAGAUACAGGGCUGCCAACUUUUGAAGAAAGCUUGGAGUGAGAUUUGCUAUGUGAAUUUCAUUGCCCCCUGGCACAAUCCCUAGAAGGGGGACUGGGAAAAUGUUACUGUUUUAAAGCUAAUUUCCUGCAACUCAAUGUAUUUUGACAUGUCUUAGGCCUAUGACCAGGGUGGAAGAUAAAAAAAUCAAAACCACAGGUCCGGUGUAUUUAGGAUGCUUUGAACAUUAAAUGAACACUCAACAUUUGACGACUUUGUUACUUUGAGAUUUUGGGGAGAUUAAAUUUAAAGUAUGCUAAUAUUUUUGUUAUCAUAUUUUUUAGGUUGUUUGACACUUAAUUCAGACAGUAAUUAAAUGAGAUGGGGAGACAGGCAAGUUGUGUGCGAUAUGUGCCAGGAAGUGUUACCACUACACCAAGGCUCUGCACAGGAAUUUUGUAAUAUUAAUGGUUGAUGGCAGAGGGUAACCAAAUCAUAGAUUACAGUCUCCUUGACCAUAGACUGCUUUCAAGGUAAGGACACAAACAUUUUGUAAUUUGGAUGAACUAUCUCUUUAAAAUAGGGCUUGAAUAAAAUCCUGCUUGCUCUCCAGGAGGGUUGGCCACCCCUGAUCUACUGUAUGUUUCCCAGGUGCUGGGUGUUUGAAAAUGUUCUUGUUAUAACAAUUCAUUUCUCAAAAUCACCCAACCUUCAAGAAAAAUCUAAUGAAUAUCAAUAUUCAGGGGGUUUAUGCCUACUAGUUGAAUAUCCUUGCCAUCAUCUUACUCUACAUAGAAAAAAGAUGAUGCCUUUAUGAGUUGUGAGUACCCUUACCAUCUCUGCCUAUCAUGUGCACAAUACUAAAAUGUCAAAAAUGAUAUUUGAUUCCUGGAGCAUUUAAUAUCCAACGCUUAUUUGUAUGCCUUAUUCAAAACUGUCCAUUAAUGGCUGAAAAAUACAUAGCCUCAUAUCAAGUAGGCAUAUCAGAUUUCAAAUAUGUGAUUACACUGGCAAAAUAGGGAAGAAGUGGAAUAAUAAAAUAUGUUUGGGGAAUAACAUUGGUGUUCUUGCUGACAAGCACAGUAAUUACUCUAUAGUUUAGCCCAUUGUUAAGAAUGAGAACUGUUCCACUGAUCAGACUAAAUAAAGUAAAUAGAUAAUCAAAUCUCCUGAAGACAAUAUUACAUAAAUCUGCCCCUACACCCUAACCACAUUCUACUUCUAUUUUUCCCACUCUAGAAUACAAUUUUGGGUUCACAAUUUGCUUGACAAAAUUAUUUUCACAGUUACGAAUCAGGUCACCUAACCAAACUAAACCAAAAACAUAAUGUAGGUCUGUCUGCUGCCUUUUUGUUGUCACAGCCUAAACGCCAAUCACCAAACGAGGGGACUAAUGCAAGUGUGGAUUACAUCGAUUUUAGUACAUGCUGUCAAAACGAAUAGAUUUAUGGACGGGAGUAACAGCAACCUAAUUUUGUUGACAACAUUUGACAUAAAACAGCGCUACCAUGCUACUCUUUUUACAGUUUUAUAAAAUCAGCGGAGAACGACUAGUUACCGGAGUGUAACUCCAGUUCUAUGAGUGGAGCGGAGCCCCAUAGGGGAGCUAUGCUCCUAGUGGUUUACCCUCUGCCCUACGGCAGAAACAGCCUGAAGCAAAAAUUAUGCACACACCUGCAGCCAAUGGGAGCACAGGUGCCCCUAUAUAAAGGGACCCGUUCCCUCAAUCUGCCUCCCGAGAUAUUAUCUUCAGCGAGACUAGAGAGGGUCGGCAGGGCCUUAAGUCCUAUGGGGCUCCGCUCCACUCAUAGAACUGGAGUUACACUCCGGUAACUAGUCGUUCUAUAUCGUGGAGCUCCGCCCCAUAGGGGAGCUAUGCUCCUAGUGGUUUAAGGCGGAGCGAAACGCUCCAAAAUGUACUCCCUGCCGAGCCUAACACUUCCCAUUAAAAAAUGAAAAAAGGUCAAGCCCAGCAAUGGCUGCAACCAAUUCCCGCAGUACUGCGACUAAAAAACCCAUCCGGGCGUCACAAUAUACCGCGUCAUCGGUUAUAGACCCGCCCCAUCUAGCUCAAUAGCAAUGCCAAUGGCUAGUGGGCAGACCAUCAGAAUAGAAGCCAUGCUAAUCUGUACUAGCAGAUAGCCGUGCCUCAAUAUUCUGUGACAACACUAUCGUCCACUAAUGGAAUGACAUAAAUGUCACUCUACAUUAUGUGUCCAAUAUACCGCCUUACUCACUCAAUGGAACCCAGAGAUUAGUAGGCAGGAACAAAAUAUACUAGUCAUACUAAACUGAACCAUCAGAUAGAUGACCUCACAUUCUGUCCCCUCAAUACAUGUCUCUACCAUACUGACACUGUCAGUCAGGAGACAUGCCACAAGAUAUGCUUUUCAUCCAAAGCGGACCUGAUAGAGACCUGUCUAUCAUCCUGCUUCUCUCUCCUCCAGCUCAAGAUUAUCCUUCAGCUGUGCUGAGUGCAAUCGAGCUUGAGAGUUAAAAGCUUAUCCUAGACAUAACAAGUUUUCCUAACCAAAGCGGACCUGAUUGGAACCUGCCCAAGGUCCUGCUUUGUCCAUUCUUUCUAGCUCAAAAUCGCCUUUCAGCUCUGCUGAUGCCGACCGAACUAAAGAGUUAGAAAACAUGUCCAUCCAUAAUAUGUUUCUUCUAAUAAAAACGGACUUAUGAGCAUGGUCACAAUCCUGCUUUCUUUCUCUGUUUUUUUCUCAAGAUCUCCCUUCAGCCACGCUGAGUACAGACCGAGCCAAAGAGUUAGAAGACAUAUCCAACAGAUAGAAACGGAUAAAAGGAGACGGUGUCGACCAUGACGCUGCUCUACAAAUAUCCUCUACCUCUGUUCCUCUGAAGAGGGCAGUAGAAGCUGCUACUCCACGAGUGGAGUGCGCUCUAAUACCCUGAGGCGGUUGUUGCCCCGCCGCCUCGUACGCCGUCUCAAUACCUUCACAAAGCCAAUGAGACAAUCGCUGUUUUGAAAGUGGUCUACCUAAUGCAGCCGCACCGUGACACACAAACAGCUGAGGCGAUGACCUAACCGCUGCUGUGCGCUCAAUGUAGCACGCCAAAGCGCGUACUGGGCACAGACAAUGAAGCUUUUCCUCACUCCUCUCCCCAUGGGGAGGGGGAUGAAAAGCCCACAAUUCCACGAUCUGUGAUCUAUAUGCACUGUUAAUAACCUUCGGCACAAAUGCCGGGUUAGGACGUAACACCGCUCUGCUCAGAUCGCCAUUGAUGGCAAGGCAGUCGGGUCUCGUCGACAGUGCACACAAAUCACUGACCCGCUUAGCAGUAGUCAAGGCGAGCAACAGCGCCGUCUUGAUAGACAGCAUCUUGAGGGGUAUUUGAUUCCUGAGGGAACAGGACGAACCACCACUGGGAAGAGACGCAUUCGCGCACUACCCGUGGCCGAAAGUUCUUCUGUAUGCAUUCCCUCCGCUGUCUUGCAUUCUCCCACUGCUAGCCAGGGUGAGGUCAGAGGAGCUGUCAGUGAUACUGAUAGCGCCCGAUCGCCCGGGGGCUCCGUGGUUUGCGGAGAUGAGUCAGAUGUUGAUUGCGCCACCUUGGCCAAUUCCACAUCGACGAGACGCGUUGACCCAGGCGGGAGGCUCGAUAGGGCAGUGGCUCGAACGGCGACUUACAUAGCGCUUCGAGAACCAAGGCCAAAUCCCACUUGGGCAGCGUAGCUCUAGGCAUCGGCCUAAGCCGUCGCGUUCCCAAUAAGAAACGUUUCACUAAUGGGUGACUGAACACGUUUUUCCCGUUAAACCCUUCAUGACCAGCUGAAAUUGCCGCUGCAAACACUCGAAUGGUGGAGGGCGAUUUCUGCUUAUCAAACAUAGACUGCAGGAAUGAGAGCACACUCUCUACCUGACAGCUCAUGGGGUCCACGUCCUGUGUGUCACACCAUUGUGAGAAAACAUUCCAUCUGCUGGUAUACACUCUAGAAGUGGAACUGGCUCUUGCGCCCUGUAUGGUUCUGAUCACUGCAUCAGAUAACCCACGGCGCCUCAACCUGUCCCAUUCAGGAACCAAGCCUUCAGUGGUUGGCCGAUUAUGGGCCACUGCCCUAUCGAGCCUCCCGCCUGGGUCAACGCGUCUCGUCGAUGUGGAAUUGGCCAAGGUGGCGCAAUCAACAUCUGACUCAUCUCCGCAAACCACGGAGCCCCCGGGCGAUCGGGCGCUAUCAGUAUCACUGACAGCUCCUCUGACCUCACCCUGGCUAGCAGUGGGAGAAUGCAAGACAGCGGAGGGAAUGCAGACAGAAGAACUUUCGGCCACGGGUAGUGCGCGAAUGCGUCUCUUCCCAGUGGUGGUUCGUCCUGUUCCCUCAGGGAAAACCAUAGGAGACACUGCGCGUUCACACGUGACGCGAACAGGUCCACCUCGGCUCUCCCGAAUUGUUCCCAAAUUCGUAGAACAAUGUCCGGGUGCAGACACCACUCGUCGUCUCGAGGACCCCCUCUUGACAUGAGGUCUGCCCCUACGUUCAAGUAGCCCGGAAUGUGCGCUGCUCUCAAUGAGCGAAGGUGCUUGUGAGCCCACAGCCACAAUUCCACUGCCGCCCGAUGGAGGGCAGGAGACCUGACCCCUCCCUGGCGGUUUAUGUGAGCCACUGUGGUCCGGUUGUCUGACCAGACCAACACAUCGCGACCCCGAAGGGUAGACGCGAAGUGGGUCAAAACCAGUCGAACCGUUUCCAACUCUAGGAGGUUGAUGUGACGACCUGAUUGAGGCCAUGCACCUCCUAUCGCUUGAGACUGACAUGUCCCUCCCCAUCCAGUCAGAGAGGCAUCUGUAAACACUGGAAUGUAGGAUGACACCUUGCCCAUCGGGACUCCGUGCGUGAGAACGCUCGGGUUCCUCCAAUAGUCCAGGUCUGCUCUUAGCGAGAGAGGAACCACCACCAACCGAUGACGUUGACGCACUGGGUCUAGUCUUAGUUGGGCGAACCACCGCUGUGUUCUGCGCAUGUGCAGAAGCCCCAGCGGGACCACAGAGUGGGCUGCCGACAUGAGACCCAAAAGUGACAUGAUCGAUAGCGCCGUUACUGUGUGAUUCGGACGACACCUCCUCAGGGCUAGUAACAAUGCUGCCCUUCGAGGGUCCGAAAUUCGAGCCCUCAUCAUUACAGUGUCUAGCUGUAGUCCCAGGUAGACAAUCUGAUGACUGGGCCAGGGUGCGCUCUUUUUCCAAUUCACAGCGAACCCCAGACGCGUGAGAUGAAUCACUGUCUGUGUCGUGUGAGUGAACGCCAGCUCUGCUGACGGGGCGAGAACCAGCAGGUCGUCUAGGUAGGCUAGUAUCCUUAUCCCUUGACGACGCAGCGGCUCCAAUGCCGCCUCCACACAUUUGGAAAAUGUUCGAGGUGCCAGGGCGUACCCAAACGGCAUCCUCGUGAACUCGUACGCCACCCCUUGAAAGGCGAACCGCAGAAACUUUCUGUGGCGUGAUUGUAUCGGCACAUGAAAGUACGCGUCCUUUAGGUCUAUGCUUGUACAAAAAUCUCCCUUCUGGACACAUUCCAGUAGACGUUUUGUCGUCAGCAUUCGGAAGGGCCGUUUGGUUAUGCUCUCGUUGAGAAUGCGUAAGUCCAAAAUCGGCCUCACUCCCCCCGUCUUUUUGGGCACUAGGAAAUAGGGCGAAUACAGCCCUUUGUUCCUUUGCUCUCGGGGAACUACUGUGACCGCCUCCUUCGCCAAAAGUUCCGUAAUCUCUGACAUCAGAGCGGCUACUUUGUCUGGCGUUUUCAUCACCGUUUCCACCACUCCCCUGAACGGGGGUGGGGGCCGAUGGAAUUGGAGGGCAUAACCCUUCUGCAACGUCUGAUCUAGCCAGCGUGAGAGGGUACAGCUUCGUUGCCACUGCCAGCGAUGCAGAGAAAGCGGGCGCGCACGAAGCUGUGGUGCAUCCAGUAGGAAGGACCUGUAUUCCUCUAUGGCCCUCGCCGCCGCUAUUCCCCAGCACUGAGUUGGUGGAAUAGCCCAAGGCGGGCCCCCCUCGAAAGGGAGAGGAAACAUCAGCUCGUUCUGGGUGAAUCGGGGGCCUUGAUACGUUAGUUACGACCGUAACUCCAGUAAUCCGGCCCUCCGUGAACGCAGCACGGUUCUGAACUGCACUGGCUGAGGCAUUGGCCUGAGACAGAGCGCUCUCCCCGGAUAGCAAUUGCGUCAUCAUGUCAUUGUCUGACUGAGACUGCUGCUUGCCAUGAGACCCAUCCAUUACAGUACUCAACAGAGUCUGAAAGAUGUGAUCACUGACUGGUACCACACGGUGGUGCCACAAUACCUCCUCAUUGGUCUCAUGCGGCUGCUCAACAGCACACUCAAUGUGUGGUGAGCUGCGCUCAGAGCCAUGGGCAUUGUUACGUUCUGAAUAGACCGGAGGCGUCCAUACCUUGGUUAUACUUGUAACUCUGGUAUUCCCGCUCUCCGUGAACGUCGCACGGGUCUGAUCUGCGCUGGCUGAGGCAUUAGCCUGCAGCAAGGCGUCAUUCCCGGCUAGCGGCUGCGUCUUCAUGUCACAUUGGGACAGAGACAGCUGCCUGCUGUGUGAGACCUUUACUACAGAGCUCCUAGGAGUCUGUAGUAAAAGAUCUUUAUUAAGUGAGCUAAGGCUGCGCCUUGCUACCUUUUCCCUUUUCCUCUCCUGAAUGCGCUCAACUACGCACUCUUGGUGGGUUGAGCUACACUCAGGAUGGUGAGAGAAAACCAUAGAACGUGAAGUGUUCUGUAGUACGUUAUGGAAUAAAUGUCCUUCUUUGACAAUGUCAGUGAGAACCAGCUCUUUAUUCACACAACCACAAAACACACCCUCCACGCCCUGAACAGUGGGGUGGGGGGGAACAGUAAGCUCAAUUGCGUCUUGCGCCGAGCCGUCUUCCGUCCUCUCCCCCUCGCCUCGUCAUUGGUGCCGCCUUUUUUGGGAGACCUUCUGGUGCUGCCAGGCCGGCUUGACGGCGACUUCCCUCGCCGGCGGAACCGUCGCUGCCACUGUCGCUGCUGGAGGGGCCGAACCCGCUCUCUUGCCGCCUGUGGUGGACGCCUGUCGCCUGGCCCGUCGCCUCCCUGUAGCUCUACUGGGGGCGUUGGAGGUGGACGGAGUAGCUGGGGCUCUGCUGGCCUUCAUUGCCAAUGGCAGAUGUUUGGCCAGGUGAUUCCUCUCCUCAUCCAAUUUAGCGAUACGCUCUGUUGCGUCUUUCACAGCGACCCCAAAUAGGCCCUCGCUGGAGACGGGAGCGUUGAGCAAGGAGGCUCUGUCAGUCUCCUUCAUGGCCGUCAUAGAUAGCCACAGGUGACGCUCUGUGACCACCGAGGUGGCCAUGGUCCUGCCUGCGCAGAUUGCCACAGCCUGCGUCAGAUGGAGGAUGGCCCCGGAAAUCCUGGACGCCUCCUCGAUUUCCUCGCUGGUCAACUCCGACCUACCCGUUGUGAGACGGGAUAGGGAGGCCGCGAGGAGGGCGAUGUUAUUCGCCGCUGACACGCCCUGGGCUCCCAGCGUGAAGGACUUCUCAGCCAGCUGUGCUGUGAGCCUGUCCCUUUGUGCUGGCAAGGUGGCCUUCUUGGAGGCUGCCCAGGGACUCGAACCUGGCACUAAGUACGCCGCCAUGGCGCCUUCGAGCCUAGGGAUUCCCUUAGCCGCCCACUCAUUACCGGCCACUCUGGUGAAUGGGAUAUACGCUCUGGCCGGCGAACGCGCCGCCAGAGGUGAGCCCCACGAGCCCUCGACAUAUUUGCCAAGGGAAGGCAUGGCUGGAGCCAUUGGCUCAGCCGCCCUCCUUGGCUUGGAGUAGGGGCCGCCUUCCAUCAGGUCCACUUCCACAGGGAGGGGAGCUGGGGGCAGCGCUAUCUCCAGUCGAUUAGCCGCCUUCUCAAUGAGUUCGGGAAAGUCCGAACGCAGAGAGGCUGCCGCGAAGGACAGGGCUUCUGAUCUCACAGAGCCCAUGUCGUCAUCGUACAAGGAGCCUUCAGACCUCGCGCUCUCCAACGGAAAGGGGGUCUUGAAAGCUGGCGCCAGAGCUCCGGAUUGUCCCACUGGGAUAUCCAUCUCUGUGCCUUCCUUGCCGUCCUCUGAGCCAGCACUGUCCGUCGACGCCUCUGAAGCAGAGGCGAGAGUGGACAAUACAUCCUCUAGAGGGACGUCCUCUCUAAAGAACGCCCAACGCUGCUUCCUCUCCUUGCUAGGAAGGAGGGCGCAGGAGGCGCAGUUAGGAGGGUUGUCGAGACCGUCCUUAGCAUGCUGCGGUCCCAAGCACACGAAACAAAGGUUGUGGGGGUCCGUAGCUGCCAUGUCAGUGCAUCGACAUAGAGCCCUAAAAAGGGCUUUUGGGGGUGGGAAAUUCCCUGGUGCGCUCAUGCUGGAAGACGUUGAUGGCUGGAUAUCAACGACGAGAUCUUCCUGAGUCUUCUAUGGCUUCUUCAAUUCUAGUCCAGUCGCUGAAGAUAAUGGGAGGCAGAUUGAGGGAACGGGUCCCUUUAUAUAGGGGCACCUGUGCUCCCAUUGGCUGCAGGUGUGUGCAUAAUUUUUGCUUCAGGCUGUUUCUGCCGUAGGGCAGAGGGUAAACCACUAGGAGCAUAGCUCCCCUAUGGGGCGGAGCUCCACGAUAUAGAACGUUGUCUCUCCAUUCAGCUCCACCCUAAUCUUGAGUGGCGUUUCUUUAAAACAUGCAUCCAAUCCCCUUGAUCCAUCACAUAACUAGACCAAUCAUAUGCUUCAAUGUGCCGCAUUUCACAGUGCUGUGGCAAGACAGGACAAUGAUAGAGAUUUCUCUCGUCAUGUUAAAUUGCUGGCGCAGAUGCUCUGAUUUCAAAAGGACUUGGAGCACAGUUAAAAAGUUAACGCGCUAAUGGACUAAUUAGUAAAAUAAAAGCAGUAGUUUUCAAUGCGUUAGAUAUGAGGUGAGCGUGAGAAGAGGGUCAAAUGCGUGUUUCUCACAUCCAAUGCGUGAGAGUUGGCAGCUCUGAAGAUAUGUAAGGUCACUGGAGAGACAGACUCGUCCAAUCAACAAACUGAUAGGCAUUAGCAUGCUGAUACCUCUUUCUCCCCACCUCCCUCAGUCGGGAAGUGUCCCCCAGCACACAGAGGACCCCAGACAGCGGACACAUCUCCCAGGACCCCAAAUCAGAGAACUCAUCCAAUCAGAGCUCACCAGAGAUGCCCACCACAAGGAUCAGGUGAAUAGACAGCACUCAAAAGUGCUCAGUUAAACCCAUGCUGAACAACGUGUGUCGGUAUGUGUGUGUGUAUGCACUGCAAAAAGUAAUUUAUCUUAUUUCAAUAUGUAAAAUAUCUAGAAAAAUAUAUUGAAAUAAGAUAAUUUAUUUGUAUAAAGCCUUUUUUAGGUUAAAAUAAGACAAAUUAUAUGACAAUGAAGUUAGAUAAAAAAAUAUAUAUAAGAUAUUUAGGUUAGUUUUCACUUUUUGCAGUGAGUGCAUGGGUGUAUUAGAGUGGCAAUUUAAAUUUUAGUAAUUUAGCAGACUCUUAUCCAGGAGCAAUUAGGGUUAAGUGCUUUUUUCAAGGGCACAUCGACAGAUCUUUUUACCUAGUCUGCUCAGGGAUUCAAACCAGCAACUUUUCAGUUACUGGCCCAACGCUCUUAACCGGUAGGCUACCUGUCACCCCAGAGUGACUCAGGUGUGUAGUUCGGCCAUGUGUUGCAGGGCUCCGUCCAUCCCUGAGGCCCAGGACCUGUCCCGCUCCUCAUCUAAUGCCAGCAGCUUUGCCAGCAUGGUGGAGGAACACGAUAAUGUGUGCAUCGAGGAAUACAACACUGGACUGGUAGGUGCCCCUGUUUUCCUACCCUCACUCACUAACAUACAACACACCGUAACAUUGAGGUUCAUGUCAAUAUAAUUGUGACACACACUCGAAAUAAAUCCUGACUGACAUUUGCGCUUGUGUUUUUGUUUGCUGCAGGAGAGUCUAUGCUCUUCUGGAGCACCACACAAGAAGGACUCAUUUGCGUAUGUCUCCUGGGUAGAGGAUAGUGUGAGCAGUACUAGUGCCACCAGCCAGGGCAGCUCUCCAGGUGAGCUGUUUUUAAUAGUGUUUUCAAUACUGCCGUAAGGCACCAAAGGUUUUGUUUGUUAUGAUGGCCCAUUGUCUGCCCCUCCCUGACAGCACCUGCACUGCCCCAGCAGACUGAGGGGGGCAGAGGGGUAGCGCUCAAAAGGGCGGAGAGCCGAGACAAGACAGCGCGGUCACAGGAUAAGUCAUCAUCGGUGAGAUUGGUUUUACUAAUAAUCAGAUUCACUGUAACAUCUCUGCUUGUUCACUGUAUUAGCUGUGUACAAUGGAAUACAAACAAAGACAGAUUUAAUUCCGCUUACAUACACACAGGAGGUUGGUGGCACCUUAAUUGGGGAGGAUGGGCUCUUGGUAAUGGCUGGAGUGGAAUGGUAUCAAACACAUUACAUUUACAUUUUAGUCAUUUAGCAGACGCUCUUAUCCAGAGCGACUUACAGGAGCAAUUAGGGUUAAGUGCCUUGCUCAAGGGCACAUCGACAGAUUUUUCACCUAGUCGGCUCGGGGAUUAGAACCAGCAACCUUUCGGUUACUGGCACAACGCUCUUACCCACUAAGCUACCUGCCAUGGUUUGAUGCCAUUCCAUUCGCUCCGUUCCAGCCAUUAUUAUGAGCCGUUCUCCCCUCAGCAACCUCCACUGACAUACAGGUAUAUAUUACUGUUAAUAAAUGGGCUUAUACAUGUAUAAACUUACCCUCUUCAUUGUUGUUCAGUAAUUGUGGUCUUUGUUAACCAUGUCAUUCUCUUUCUGUGUCUGUCUGUCUAGAACUGUUAGCCUCUCCCCAUUGAUCACUACAUGGAUGUCCAUUAGCAGGUACCUGGAGUUUUCCAAGUCAGUAGAUGUAACUGACCAUGUGUUACCCAUGUCUGGUUUGUUUGUGUGUGAUGACCAGAUAGGGUCUGAACGCUGUCUCUCUCUUCUCCCACAGCAUUACCAUAAGAGGCACCCCCUGCAGGAGAUGAAGCAAGCACACGUGUUUUCCACCACAGACGCAGAGGAUCAGAGC